UGGUGGCGACUUUAACUUACCAGGCUGGGAUUGGGGGAAUAAGACAUUGAAACCCAGAACCAGUCAUUCUGCAAAACACAGACAAUUUGCUGAUUCAAUGCAAGAUAAUGGCCUCACCCAAAUAGUGGAAGACCCAACUCGCGGUGUAAACACCCUGGAUCUCAUACUUACAAACCGCCCGGCACAGAUAAACAGAACUCAGGUAAUCCCCGGGAUAAGUGACCAUCUUGCUGUGUACACAGAGUUGGAGGUGAAACCUCUGAGGCGGCGGCAAAUCCCGCGCAAAGUCCCUAUUUAUGCCAAGGCUAAUUGGGAAGGCUUCAGAGAGUUUGCAAAUAACCUAGCUGAUAAAGUACGGGCCGCAGAGCCAUCAUCUAAUAUAAACCACCUCUGGAACAUUUUGAAAAACGGACUCCUUGAGGGGAUAAAGACUUACAUCCCACAUCGUACAACUAAAAGAAAGGACUCUCACCCAUGGUUAAACCCUAACUUACGACGUAAAAUCAAACACAGAGACAAAGCAUAUAAAGCUAGUGAAAAGACUGGACGCCCGUCUUUGGAGGCAAAAUUUCUGAGACUCAAACGCGAGGUACAGCGUGAGCUGAGGAAAGCCUACUGGGAGUAUGUAGAAGAAAUCAUCACUCCAGAGAGUGACGAAAACAGUGACACAUGUAGAAAGAAGUUCUGGAAGUUUAUUAAACAUCAGCGUACUGACCAUUCUGGAAUUGCACCACUGAAAGAUAAAGGUAGACUUAUCACUGAUUCACAGCAAAAAGCAGAACUUCUAAAUGCACAGUUCCACUCCGUGUUCACACGCGAGACUCCAGCAAUACCUACUCGACGUGGUAGGAAGACCAAACCCAUGCCUAAAAUUAGUAUCCACAAACAAGGAGUUCUGAAAUUACUACAAAACCUUAAUCCAACAAAAGCUGCUGGCCCUGAUGGCCUUAGUCCAAAAAUCUUUAAAGAACUCUCUGAACAGCUAGCUGAUCCCUUGACACGAAUAUUUAAAAAUCACUCUUAA